GGAGCCGGAGCCGCGCAGCCGCCGCCGCCGCCGCUGCCGCCGGGGGAUGUGGCCGGCGCCUGCCCCGGACCGCGCCGCCUCCUGACUUCUUGCCGCCGUCGCCGUCGCUGCCGUCGCCGCCUAGUCGUGCGGGGCCAGGCCGCGCCCUCCCCGGGCGCCCGCCGGCUCGCAUGCCGAGGGGCUCCGGGGCGUAGCUGCGCGCCCGGCGCCGCCUCCGGGCUCCUCCGGCCCCGCCAUGGGCUGCUGCAGCUCCGCCUCCGCCGCGCAGAGCUCCAAACGAGAAUGGAAGCCAUUGGAGGACCGUAGUUGCACAGACAUACCAUGGCUGCUUCUCUUUGUUCUCUUCUGCAUUGGGAUGGGAUUUAUUUGUGGCUUUUCAGUAGCAACAGGUGCAGCAGCAAGACUAGUGUCAGGAUACGACAGCUAUGGAAAUAUCUGUGGGCAGAGAAAUGCAAAACUGGAAGCAAUACCUAACAGUGGCCUGGACCACACCCACCGGAAGUAUGUGUUCUUUUUGGACCCAUGCAAUCUGGACUUGAUAAACAGGAAGAUCAAGUCUAUAGCACUGUGUGUAGCAGCGUGUCCCCGGCAGGAGCUGAAAACCUUGAGUGACGUCCAGAAGUUUGCAGAGACCAAUGGCUCAGCACUAUGUAGCUACAACAUAAAACCUUCUGAAUAUACUCUGACUUCAAAAUCCUCUGGCUUUUGCCCCAAACUGCCAGUACCAGCCAGUGCACCUAUUCCAUUCUUCCAUCGCUGUGCUCCUGUGAACAUUUCCUGCUAUGCCAAGUUUGCAGAGGCCCUGAUCACCUUUGUCAGUGACAAUAGUGUCUUACACAGGCUGAUUAGUGGAGUAAUGACCAGCAAAGAAAUUAUAUUGGGACUUUGCUUGUUAUCACUAGUUCUGUCCAUGAUCCUGAUGGUGAUCAUCAGGUAUAUAUCGAGAGUGUUAGUGUGGAUUCUAACAGUUCUGGUCAUACUGGGUUCACUUGGUGGCACGGGUGUACUGUGGUGGCUGUAUGCAAAGCAAAGAAGGUCCCUCAAAGGAGCAGUUAUUCCUGAACAGCUUCAGAUAGCUGAGGACAAUCUGCGAGCGCUCCUCAUCUAUGCCAUUUCAGCUACAGUGUUCACUGUCAUUCUCUUCCUGAUCAUGCUGGUUAUGCGCAAGCGUGUGGCUCUCACCAUCGCCUUGUUCCACGUGGCUGGCAAGGUCUUCAUACACUUGCCUCUGUUAGUCUUCCAGCCCUUCUGGACGUUUUUUGCUCUCGUCUUAUUUUGGGCAUACUGGAUAAUGACACUUCUCUUCCUUGGCACUACUGGCAGUGCUGUUCAGAAUGAGCAAGGUUUCGUGGAGUACAAAAUUUCUGGGCCUUUGCAGUACAUGUGGUGGUACCAUGUGGUUGGCCUGAUUUGGAUCAGUGAGUUCAUUCUCGCCUGUCAGCAGAUGACUGUGGCAGGAGCUGUGGUAACAUACUACUUUACUAGGGAUAAACGGAAUUUGCCUUUCACACCUAUUCUGGCAUCAGUGAAUCGCCUUAUUCGUUACCACCUCGGUACUGUGGCAAAAGGAUCCUUCAUUAUCACCCUCGUCAAGAUCCCCAGGAUGGUCCUUAUGUAUAUCCACAGUCAGCUCAAAGGGAAGGAAAACGCUUGUGCACGAUGCAUGCUGAAAUCCUGCAUUUGCUGCCUUUGGUGUCUUGAAAAGUGCCUGAGCUACUUAAACCAGAAUGCAUACACAGCCACAGCUAUCAAUAGCACCAACUUCUGCACCUCAGCAAAGGAUGCCUUCGUCAUUCUAGUGGAGAAUGCUCUGCGAGUGGCUGCCAUCAACACAGUGGGGGACUUCAUGCUAUUCCUGGGCAAGGUGCUGAUCGUCUGCAGCACCGGUCUGGCUGGGAUUAUGCUGCUCAACUACCAGCAAGACUACACAGUAUGGGUGCUGCCUCUGAUCAUCGUCUGCCUCUUUGCUUUCCUAGUCGCCCAUUGCUUCCUGUCCAUUUACGAAAUGGUAGUGGAUGUAUUGUUCUUGUGUUUUGCCAUUGAUACAAAAUACAAUGAUGGGAGCCCUGGCCGAGAAUUCUAUAUGGACAAAGUGCUGAUGGAGUUUGUGGAGAACAGUAGGAAAGCCCUGAAGGAAGCUGGCAAAGGAGGCGCCGCAGACGCCCGAGAGCUAAAGCCGAUGGCUUCGGGAGCAAGUUCUGCUUGAACAUAGCCGACGGUUAUGGACCCCCAUUGACAUUCCAAAACAAUAUAUACACAUAACUAUGUAUUUGUGUGUGUGGGUGUGUGUAUAUAUGUAUAUGUAUGUGUGUAUAUAUAUGUAUAUGUAUAUACACACACACACAUAUAAUCAGCCAAAAUCAGAGAAAAGGAACAGGGAUUUAAUACCUUUUUUAUGCUUAUUUUUGUCAAACAUGUACGCCUUUCAUACGGGUGGCUUUUACGAGGCAACUUCCGUCCUUUAAUGUUUUCGAUUGUAAUUGUCUUAAUGGAAAUGUUAGAUUCAUAUCUGAUUAACGUUUUUAAUAACUAGAGGAAAUUUUAACUUUAGUUACUUAACCUAGAUAAAAUUAUUGUACCAAAUUCUUGUGUAAGUUUUUGCAGGGGUGAUUUCCCUGGUGUCUGUUUAAAAUCAGUAUCUUAUUUUACUGAUGCAUAAGUCCUAGGUGUCAGACUAGGCGUGUGCGUUCAGAUAAAUAAGAGAUUUCUCCAAUCUGUUUUCUCCAAUCAAAGAAGCCAUGCCAUUUUACUUUGAGAAGCAUCUGAGUGGGCCCGUUAUGGGAAAUUUCAUAAUAGCUCAUGCAUUUGUCAGCCGACAUUCAAAAGUAACCAACUCCUCAGGUAUAUGUAGUUUACCCUAAUGCUUCUAUAGAAGAAAGUAGGAACAAUAGAGAGAAAGGGGUAGAUAAUCUUUAUUAUGCAAACUUUUUUCUUGUAUUUUGUCUCUUUCCUCUUUGGUUUUUUAAGUAGCAUCCAACACACAUUCGUGUGCCUGAUCUGAAAGGAAGCUGGGGCACCCAGCAAGUUUAGCCUUUCUGGGUAUUGAUUUUCAGCUUAGGUAAUUCUAGAAAGAAUAAAAGAGAGAGAAACAAGAAGGAUGAAGCACUGAGAGUUUCAGCGCUCUGCUUCUGUUUCCAAGGCAAGUCGGGAGCUUAGGGUUAAACGACCAUCUAUCCAAAUGCUUGCUAUAAAUCUGAAUACACGGGCAGGUGCCCCACUCCUUGGUAUUCGUUGUAUCCAGAGUUCUAUAAUGUGUAACUGAAGAAUCGGUUGGUGUUAACCCUCAAGUGUGAGUGUGCUUUAUGUUUGGGGGUACGUUUGGGAUUUCUUGUUUUGCUGGGUUUUUUUUUUUUAAUUCCUAAAGCUUACCAGAUAUGAAUGGCUAAUAUUCCAUUGUUCUGCUUAUUGUAAUGGUGAAUGCUUUAAGAAAAAAAAAGUGUAAUUUGCUAAGAAUAAUUCAUGAUCUGUUUAUGCGAUAACUCCUUUUUGUUACAAUUUUUUUAAAAAAAGCUAUUUUUGUUAAUGUAAAGUAAAUAUUUCAGAGCAAAUUUUUUAAACUUAUUGCACUAAAUACAGGCUCUGUAAAAUAAUAAUAAUAAUAAUAAUGAUGAAAAAGCCUCAGCAUUUAUCAUUCCAUGGAAGGAAAAUCUUUUGAAAGAAAGCAUUGCCUAUCAGAAGUAGGCGGUGAAUUAGACUGGUGUUAUGGGAUUGCAGACAAUGUCCCGAGGGCUCAAUAAGCAGCUGUUUGCUAAUGGGCUUCCUUUCAAAGGGUUGGACCUUUAAAUUGCUGCAAAAGGUAAAUUGUAUUUUCUUUUUUAAGUACUGGUGUUCUUUAAUCUAGCUAGGCUAAAUUUUGCUAAAUGCCUUGGUUUCUUUUCAAAGCUCAUGAAUAUUUCUGAACCUUCAGAGUUUUUGCAAUAAGAGUCUGGAUUAAAAACAACAGCAAACCACACACACACACACACACACACACACACACAAUUAAGAGUGCAUAUCUAAACAGGAUCUGGGAAGCCAGCAUGAGAGAGCGUAGCUAUUGUGAAAUAAUAAUUCACUGGAAAAUAGCAUCUAACAUCUAGUGUUGCCAAAUAGUGUCACUGUACUUCUCUAUCAUUUCAAAUGGAAUUUAAUUAUAUAACUAAUGACUGUCCUACUGGGUGAGAGAGAAAGAUUAUGUGAGAAAGUCAGAAUACCAUGUAACUUGUAGCCACACAGAUUUUCGACAUUGAGAAACAUUGGGAACUAAAUUUAGAAUGGGCCAGAGCCUGGAAGAUGGGUCUCACACCAGAAGACAUUCCAGGAGCUAGCCAUUUUAGGAGAUGUCCCUGCAAAGUGGCGUGAUGAUGGACUUGCCCUUGGGAACCAGGUUCUGCUCACUUGGACAUCCCUGCAUCAUGGACUCUUGCUGCCCCUGUUCCAUGUGUCGCAAUUCCAGCUACUGGGAGCCACCAGGAAUGCUUUCUAAUUAUCAUUUGCAACUAGAACUGUAAUCAGAAAGAAAAUUUGUAUUUUUGUAUAACUUGAUUGUGUGCCAUUUUAUAUAACAGGUCCUGUUUUACAAAUAAAUUUUGUUUUACUAACUUUGUGUUUAGAAAUUAUGCUCUAUGUGUGUAACCAUGUCAUUUGAGUUCAAUUAAUUUCCAGGCUGUUUCCCCUAAGUAAGUUAGUGUGCCAUAUAGUCAUAUGCAGAUAUGCCUAUCUAUUACACGGGUGCACACAGAGAGAGAUUUGAUGUAUGGAAUAUCACUCUGCCCUGAGCUCCAUCUGAUUAAUUUGAGAAAGCCUGGCAGAGGCGUUUUAGUGACCUGUGAGUGUUUUCUGCUUGGGUGUUCCUGCUGCCUCUCCCGUUCAUUUGCAAGUCCCUCUCCUGGCUAUGAGCUGCCUCCCUGUCAUCUGCUCACCCCCUCACCGCUUCCAUCCUCUGCCCAAGUGAGAAGAAUAGACCAAGAACAAAGCUGAUCUGUGAAAUCCGGGCACCUGAAUAACUUCAUAAACCAUUUGCUCUGUCUUGUGACUUCCUCCUUUUCCUGCGAUGGUUUUCCAAUAUCACACUCAAGAGUCUUGUCUCUGGAGUUAAGCUUGGGGUUGCCUUUUAUAAAUGGUAGUGGUGUCCACAGUGCCACAUGGUUUCUGCCACCAAAUAAUUAAGAGCCUGGUACAUGGUUUAGACCUCCUGGACUCCUUCCUGCCUCAAGCAUAAGUUGUCCUGUUACUGUAGUAAGGGAGGAAAAGGGUUCAAUUUAUGUCAGUGAGAAUCCAUGAGCCCCAUCUUCUAGAACAGGCUUACUGGUGCAAUAAGAAGAAGUAAUUAACAAUUUCAUGAGGGUACUGAGUUUGUAUAAUCCUUGCAUGGAUGAGCAGAACCCAACACAGGUUGUUUUGUGAACCCAUUUCAUGCAGGGGUUAAUGUUUUCCUCCUACAGACAGUAAAGUCCUAGCUGGAUGCCAGUUGAGUGGCCGAGCUGGCUUGGCUCUUGGUCUGUCCAGGGAGGUACUUAUUGAGUCUAUUUUAAAAAUAUGCUUGAAGCCAGUGUUUCCUUUGGUAGAGGUGCUCUUCUCUAAGAAUUUGCUUCCUUCCUUUGUUUUCUUUUGAUGAAAGGCAUUAAGCUGAUGAGUACAACCUCUGUCCAACAUCGUGGACCAUGAUGUCUGCCUUCUAAGUGCAUCCUGAAGAUCCCACCCUGGUAAGGUGUGGAUCCCCUUAGCCUGGUCCCGGGCAGCUUUAAGCUUGAAUCAUAAAUACCUCUCCCUCCUCAGAAUAACAGGGAAUGCAUGCUCCAGGUAUCUGCAAGCCACACAGUGCUACCAUCACACUCCAUCUCCUGGCCUCAGACAUCCCUGCCAUGCACAGUCAGGAGGUCCCUCGACGUUCAGAACCGCUUUGUGAAAUCAGCUUCAAACCCGGAUCUGUUGGUUUUGGUGACCUAUACAUUUUAUAUUUUAUUUCUUAUUUUUGUCUUCACUUUUGAAUUGGGGUUUCUAGUAGCCUUACUGUCGUUUCUGAGGCAUUUCGUUCCAAAGGGUCUGUGAGCUUUCAUCUUUUAAUAAGCAAGUUCUGGGCUGCUGGGGCAUAGAGCAGCUGCUUAGCAUUUGCAAGGCCCACUACCACCCUUCUCCCCAAAAAUAUCAAUGUCAGCUCAAUAUUGCUUUGUCUUGGCCACUUGAAAAACAAACCUCAGAAGUCUGGAGGCUUCUCAGCGCAGGUGGCACGGUUAAUCUCUGCAUUCCUUUCAUGCAUGCCACCUGACAGAAGCACUCGCUUAUAGUUGUUAAGUAGUGGUCUGUGAAUAUAUAUUAGAGAAUUAUGAGAUCCUAAGUAAAUGCAUGAAGCAGAGGUCUGUGUGUUCUAUAUUCAGAGCAUAGAAUGCCUUUUGCUUCAGAUGCAUAUUCACGUAACUGUGAGUAUUAUGGAAUUUGGGUUAGCCCUUUUGAAAAGUGCACAUUGUUCAUCUACAGUGGCUGCCUGCAGAAUUAGUUUGUCUUCAUUUAGUGGCAUAUGGUCCAGUUUUAGAAAAAUCAGGAUCUUUGAGUAUGUCAUAGGAAAAAAGUCUAAAGUUAGUAAACUUGAAAACAAAAUUAAAGCUCAGUGUACUAUAUCCAGUGAAAAGUUUGAAAUAACACACUUUUCCCAUCUGAAUUUCAUAAAUUUGAGCCAAUCUUAUAUUCCAUAUUUUAAGAGGACAAUUUCAAUUAGAAAUUUAACACUUUGAAAAAAUCUUUCUUACUGAAAACCCUAAUUCGGGAUUUUUAAGCUUGUGACGUUCUGUGGAAACCCUUUCUUUUCUACAGAGCUAUUAUGUCCUUUCUUCCUCCCCAUUUUUGAUUUCUUUGUACGUGUAACAAUAGACCAACAAGGAUUGUGUUCCACUCUUGCAUGAACAAUUGAUCCUUUUGUAAAUUACAAGUACAGGAUUCAAGUUUGGUAUUUUCUAGGGGUUCAUCACUAGAGAAUUUGUUCAAAAGAUAAAAAAUGAUUAGGGACCCAAAUAUUACACUGGCCUUCAUUUUUAAUACUCAGUUUUACAACCUAAAUUAUUUUGUUCCAGACCAGAAAGCUAAAAAAAAAAAAAAG